AUGGCCGGAGAUGAAGAGCAAGCUGUCAUUCAAAAGCCUCUCGAUCAACAAACCUCCAAGAAUGCUGCACCAUGGGAGAAUCCCAACCAUCCGUUAUUUCUCCACCACUCAGACCAGCUAGGUGCCAUGCUUGUUGCACAGGCUUUGGUGGAAGACAACUAUACUACAUGGGAACAAUUGAUGCUUAUGGCACUAACAAUCAAGAAUAAGAAGGGCUUUGUCGAUGGGACUCUGGUGAAACCAACUCAUAAUCCUUCCGAGCAAUUGCAAUGGGAGAGAUGUAAUACUUUAGUGAAAACGUGGCUGCUAGGAGCCAUGUCGAAAGACAUCUCCAAUAGUGUGAUACACUGUAAAGAUGCACGAACCAUGUGGCUGGAGUUGAAGGAGAGGUUUUCACAGGUAAGCACAGUUGCGUUAUUUCACGUUGAGAGCGCUAUUCAUGGUUGUGAGCAAGGAGGUACAUCAGUGACUUCAUUCUUCACCAAACUGAAGGCAUUAUGGGAUGAGAAAGACUCUCUUUGUUCUUUCCCUCCUUGUAGCUGUGAUGCCGCCCCAGAAGUGAAGUCUUUUAUCGAAGCUCAGAAGAUAAUGAAGUUUUUGAUGGGAUUGAAUGAAGGAUUUGCACAAAUCAGGAGCAAUAUCAUUAGUCUUAAUCCUCUACCAACACUGAACAAGGCAUAUGCCAUGGUGCUUUGUCAAGAGAAACAAGUGGCAGCAAUUGCAGGCAAGAGUGGAUCGAUGACAGAAGCUUCUGCUUUUGCUGUCAAGAGGCCAGAAAAGUUUGAGAAACAAGAGAAGAGUGAUCAAUCCUUUUCUCGUGACUCACAGUUCAUGGGAGGAGAGAAUAAGUAUUGUGAGAAGUGUAAUAUGACAAAUCAUUACACAAAGAAUUGUAGGGCACGUCUCAAGUGCACCUACUGUGAUGGCAAUGGUCACACCUACAACUAUUGCAGAAGAAGGAAGAGGAUGAUGGGAGAAGGAUCAAGCAAUUCAAAAGCCAAUCAUGUUGGUACCAUGAGUGAAGGAAAGGAGGAUGCAAUGAACUUUCCACUCUCCAAAACAGAGUGCAAUCAGAUGCUGGGGCUGCUGAAUCGUAUACAAGCAGCAGGGAACAAGGUAAAAGAUAGAAACCAAUUGCUAGAGAUGCUGAAUACCAACAAACCAUCCACAACCAACUUUGUGGGUAACGUACCAAACCUUGAAGAAAUUCCAAGUAAAAUUUGUGCACUUUAUCAUGAUAACAAGGAUGUAGUAUGGAUUUUGGAUAGCAGGGCUAGCAACCACAUUGUAUGCAAUGCAACCUUUCUUUCUUCUUGUUAUCCUGUGGACAAUAGGACUGUGAGAUUACCAGAUGGACAGAGACUUCCAGUGUCUGACAUUGGGACAGAGAUUUUUUCAUACCAUUUCAUUCUUCAUAAUGUUCUAUGUGUUCCCACAUUCUAUCUGAACCUCAUUUUGAUAAGCAAACUUGCUUUGGAUUCAUUUUACAUUACCAUAUUUCUCAAGCAUGUUUGUUUCAUUCAUGACCUGCGUUCAGGGAGGAUGAUUAGGACCAGAGCUGAGAGUGAGGGACUCUACUGCCUCAACAUGCCUCAGGAAGGAACAUGCAAUGCAGUGGCGGAAUCACUCCCGCACACCAACCGCUCAGGAGCGAGGGCAAGGACUGAGGGCAGUCUGCCUGUGCCAAGGCAUAGGCUACCCCAGCGGGAAAUUCAGGUCGAUUCCGCCGACGAUGCAACCGCCCAGAUAUGGGAAAGGGUGCACUAA